GGUCGCAAGGUUGGCCACCAUGUUCCAAUGGUGUUCAAACCUAACCUAAAAGUCCACAAAAACAAAUCACUAUUUUGGUGUGAUUAAACGCACAAUUUCGUUUUUCGCAACUAAUGAUGCUCUAAUCUGACCGUUGUUUAGGCCAGUAUGUCGGACGUCGUGGAGCUCCUCUUUUUCGACACUUUUGCGCACGACAACACUGAGGAGCUAAAUCUCGACUUGGUGCAAUUCCCCAAACCCGUGUACGUCACUGAGGUGCGCAUCAUCCCCCUGGGGGCUCGCGUCCAAGCAGACUUCCCUGGAGGCGUUCGUUUAGGAGCGACGAACCCUAGUCAAUUCCAAAUUGAAUUCUUUGUUAAUGACUUGGGCAAGCCCGGGGCUAGCACGUUCGAGAGUUUGGGGGGGUUUGAGUACAACCAGAAUGGGUGUAUUAAUCUUAAUUGUGUGCCAGAGGAUACUGUGAGGAAGAUACCGACAGAUGGGUUGGUGUUGCGGGGGUGGUAUACGACUAUAACGUUAGCGGUGUACGGGACGUUGACUAAUAAUAUUACCGAACAGAUUAUUCAGCCUGUGGUGAAUCCAGCGUUGCCGGCACAACCUAAUACUAUAGCCGAUGCACAACAGAUUAUUUCUGGUAACACUAUUGAGAACGAGUGGAAUCAGGAUAAUAUAACUAAUGUUCCUAUUGAGUAUAAUCAGGGGGCUGCGUCGUACCAGCAAACGUAUAAUCAACCAGAGAAUUAUUCACAGGAAUACAACGAGUAUUAUAAUGAUGUCCCGAAGGACCCCAGGAGUUACCAUCACCCGCCGCCAGAGGGCGAAUGGGACGCGAAGGUGCGGCCGAGAAGUGGCGAGACCGAACGGGACCGGGAAAGAGACAGAGACAGGGAUAGGGACCGAGACCGGGAAAGGUCACGGGAAGUGGGAUAUCAGAAAACUGGCAGUACUGAGCGGGACCACAGCCGGCCGGAGCCCGACCGGCGCGACCGAGACCGAGAGCGGGACAAGAACUACCCGCGGUCGCGCAGCCGCGACCGCCAGUCGCGCGAUUACAGUCGGGACGUGAGCCGAGAGCGAGACUGGGACCACGAGCGCCAGGACUACCGCAACGAGCGCGACUGGGACCGGGACAGGAACCGAGACCGGGACCGCGAUCGAGACCGGGACCGGGACCGCUCGUACAAGCACGACGAGAACUACCGAAGGUCGUACAACCGCGACGAACGGGAGGAGCGGAAACGGCCGAGGACGCCGCCGAUUCAGUCGCCGAAGCGGCCUCACACGCCGCACGGCGAGCGGAAGGAGCCGUCGCCGCCCGAGCCGGACAGCUUCAGCGAGGAGGAGGUGGUGGAGAAGCAGAGGAAGGAGAAGGAGCGGGAGCGGGAAAGAGAAAGAGAGGAGGUGACGCCGGCGCAGAAGAGCCCGGCGAAGGAGGAGACCGCCACCCCUCCCGUGGAGGAGGCCGCCCCCAUGGACGUGGAGGAGUUCGAGCCGAUCUUGAGCGACGAGGAGAUCGUGGACGACGGCUCCGAAGUGGACUACGAUUUCGGCGCCUACACCAACAACGACGACUUAAUCAAGCUCUUCAUUCCUGGUGUGACCAACUUGCGAACGUUCGAGAAACCGGCGACGUUCAGUGUGACCUGCGACGGGCUGCGCGUGGACGAAAACCUGAAAACCACCGUCGGCAUAGUCGACGAUUACUUCAAGUCCAGCAUCACGAAGUACGUCCUGGAGGACUUCACCAAGCUGAACACCGAAAUCAAGGAGGAGUUCAUCCACUUGUGCGAAAAACUCAUCAACACCUUCGGGAGCGUGGAGAACUUCUGCGAGAUCGUGAAGUUCCACGUCGCCGUGAAGGGGCUAAAGGAGCGCAAAUUCGGCGUCGAGGACCGAGAAUUGGCCGAGCAGUUCCAUUGCGUCACGUACACGGUGAUCGAUUGGUUGAAAAUCGCGCUGAGCUACGAAAUGGCGAACAUCCAGGACCAACCGGUGUACAAAAUACGGCAUAUCAAGUGUGGGGUGAGGUUGGCUGAUUGGUGUUGUAAUAGUCCCGAUUUUGUUAAAUUGUUGUGGGAGUCGAAGUUCCACAUUUACGACGUGCUUCUGGGUUUGUAUGACCAGGAGUACAUGGCUUUGUCGAUUAAGCUCAUGAUUCUCAAGGCUUUGGAUAGUUAUCUUUUGCACAAGUUCGCUAUUGAGAGGUUUCUUUUGGGUAAGAAUAGUACGUGUCGGGAAAAUGGGUACCAUGAUACUUUGUGUGUGUCCAAGGACAAUGGGUAUAAAACCCUCGUGGAAAAACUGCGCAGAAAUCCUUCCGUGCGUUUGAAGUUUUCUCUCAACUCUAUUUUGAAAAAACUCAACUUAUAUGAAGUCUUCCAUAAGAUGCACGCGGUACUCAUGGAAAUGCGCAAUUGUCCGUCAGAAAUCACCCAAGGCGAUAUUCACCUAAUCACUAAGUCGUUAGACCAGAUUGUUAAUGCCACCCAGAACGAGCAGUUCGUAUUUUCCCAACCCAAGCGUUUCUUACCGGUUUCGGCGCAGUUCGAGAUAAUCCGAACCGAGACUAAGAACGUCCUCGUCGAGUACUACCGCAUGUUCGAUUUACUCCAAUGCGCCUUCUUGCUUCUGACUUGCCCUAGUACCAUGAACCUUCCAAGUGUAAAGAACCCAAUUUUCGAAAUAUUGUCGGACUUGUUGAAGACGGCGGAAGGUUUGGAGUACUUAGGGGAGAACUGUCAGACGAUGCAGGCCCUGUUGAGGUGUUUGCUACGACCCGACGAAGAAAUGCAGUUCUCGAUUCAGGACUACAUCGAAAUUAAGUCGCACAAUUUGGGGUUGGAAGCGGCUUACAAGAUGGAGGUGUUGUACUACGUGGAGAGCUUAACGAGUGCCGGGGAGAGGUUCAACCACGAUUAUGACGCGUUGGAGGUGGUGGACCAACUCCACGGCUUGUUUUGUUUGACGUUUACCAACAUAGGGCGAAUUUGUGUAGCUGAAGUACUUGGAAUGAAGGACAACAUUGAGUGCUUGUUGCAGUACCUGGGGGACGUGCAAAUCAAAGAUAAGUCCGAAAGUCAGAUCAACAAAAUCAAGAAGUCACCCGGGAUCGCCUACAUUGUCGAUUUAAUCGCGGUGACUAUCACGGCAGUACCGAACGUGCAGUUCCUGGAAGCGUACUUCAAGCAGAUCUACCAGUUCGUGGAUCAGCUGGACUUGUUUGAAGACGGGGUCACCCAAAAACUGGUGGAAAUAAAGUCGUACUUAACACCUCUGGAAAACGUCACUCUUAAUUACGACAAUAUAAGUCACUUUGUUGACGUCAUUAACAAACAAAUCGAGCACGUGACGAGUUUUCCGGGCCCGUUGAUCACAGCUUUGCGGGUGAUCCAAAAUUUGGGUAUAUCUUCAGAUGCAGACGGUUCGGUACUAUCCGAAAACCCGCUAAGUCACUACAUCGAACUUAAGUACAAACACGUCAUUUUGCAGCUAUUUUCGCUAGAUGGUACCACGAUUCUGACGAAGUUGUUGCAGAAAAUCUGCGACCAUUAUGAGCAACCCAGUCUGCAUACUUACGUUUUUGCGUCCAGUCAAGGUUUCCUCAUUCUCAAUUUAAUAUCGCCGUGUGUUGAGCUUCUUAAGCAGAUGUUGACGUACGUGAUUCAGUGCCGUAAUACCAAUUUCAAGGACCUGACGGUGGUACCGAUUCUUCUGCAGACGUAUAAUUUGCUCAGUUCGUACCCCAACACGUGCGGUGGGUACCACCAAGCUCAAGAAACUUGCAAGGUUAUUAUAGACACCCUUUUGGUGUACACGCAGCCGGUGUCUGACGAGAUUCACGAGAAGGAUUCUCUUAGUAAAACCCUCUGGACACUGAUGUGUGGCGAAGUGAUUAAGUACGUAACGUCAGCCCCCUAUACGUUUAUACCUGGGUUAUUGGUACUGUCGGAGCUUCUACCGCUACCGCUACCCAUUCAAACCACUGAAGAUUUAUCCAAAGACGAAGUCACUUGGGUUGUUAAUUUACGAAAGUUGUGGUCUGCGCAUUUGCACCCCCAUAGUACCAGUAUUCAAGAGUUGAUUAAUAAAUUGUGUAGUACCUCGCACUCUCAAUUGGUCAAUCUUUUGCGCCGGGUGUGCGUCCAGUUGGCAGACCUGGCCGCCAAUUCCGCUACAAUGAUCGCCAGAGGAAUUUUAGACUCAGUGUACAAGGGUUUAGUUCCCACCGAUGACACCAAAAUCGGGGUGUGCAGCAACCACGUGACCCGUUUGUUGAACUUCCUCGCUUGCUUGGUCACCCACAGUACCCUCAAGUGCGCCGUGUUGCACCUCAUCCACAGCUCCAGCUCCAAGAGCGACGAGAAGUACCCGACCCUAGUCCACGUGUUCGCGCAAGUCCUCAAAGUCAACAGCAGUAGUACCACUCACAUCCAAGCUCAGGAGUGCAUUCUGAGCAUAAUUCAGAGCUUCUGCGACGUGGAGAUCACCCUGCUUCAGAGCAGCGUCGCCGCCGAGGUCACGUCGGACCUCUACCUCGCCAACGCGCUCCCCGUGAAGGAGCACCUGCUCACGUUCAUCGCCAUGAUCCUGGACUACCUCCAGGUGGACAGUUCGUUCGUGACGUAUCUGCCGGCGGUGCGGACGCUGCUGCUGCUGACCGAGCACGACUACGGGUUCUACCACUUGAAGGAGCAGCUGGGGAAGAGGGGGGACGUGUUCGGGGUCGUUUUGAAUAAGUUGGCGCGGAAUUUCUCCAAGGAGAACGCGGAGUGUCUGUCGACGCUGAACACGCUGGUGGAGUUUAUCAGGGUUUGUUCGAGCUGCGAGGAGGUGGAAGGCGCGCUGUACACGCCGAGGAAGAUGAGGAUGGCGCUGGGGGAGAUCAAGGCGGUGGUGGGGUGGAAGGGGGAGCUGAGCGGGGACGAGAGGCAUCCGCUGGUGGCGCUGGAGGAGAUACUGAAGAAACUAAAAGACGAAGAAAUCACCUUCGAGAGCCUCCUCGAGGGCGUCAGCACCGUGGUGAAAUCCCUCCAGUCCGACUCCCCCGACGGCCGCGACUCCUUCCCGGAGCCCACCCUCCCCGAGCCCGAGACCCUCCUCGUUCAAUUCUCCGGCCGCCUCAUCUUCAACUCCUCCGAGGUGUGCGACGAGCGCCUCACCAUCCGGUACUGGCUCUCCAUGCCCACCGACGAGUCCGAGUACGAGAACGUCUCCUGCGACCUGGCCGAAGUGGCCCGCCAGUACCUGCCCCAGGAGUUCAACAUCGCCCGCGAGAUCGAGAAGCUGUGCCGAAUCUGCCCCUCGGAGGCCAGCAACGAGAAGGAGAACCAAGACAACGACCAGAAGGCCAAGACGAAGAAGCCUUUCAUAACCCCCGUGCGGGCGCGGGGCUUCCCGAGGACGAUCCAGCAGCGCUCGGACGUGUUCAGGUCGAGGCCGCCCAACACGUCGAGGCCGCCGUCGCUCCACGUCGACGACUUCGUGGCGCUGGAGACGUGCGGGGCGCAGCCGACGGGGCCCACGGGGUACAACAAGUUCAGCCGGGAGCUGCUGGCGUCGACGAGGCUGGCGAGGGGCAGCAGGGGGAGGGCGUUCGUGACGUCGGAGAGGUCGGUGCAGUGCAGGCAGAUGUCCUGGUGGGGAGUGAAUCUUGUUCGGGGUUCGUAUUGAUGUUUAUGUGGUUGUAAUGAUAGGAUAUGUUUAAAUAAAUAAAUUAAAUUUUAUUUCUUCA